AUGGGCAGCACCAGCGUGGACGCUCAAUGGGCCACUGAGCCCAUUGCUAUUAUUGGCCUGAGUUGCCGGUUCGGGGGUGACGCCAGCAACCCUGAAAAACUAUGGAGUAUGCUAGCUGAGGGCCGAAGCGCAUGGUCCGAGGUACCGUUGUCUCGGUACGGCCACAAGGGACAAUAUCAUCCCGACAAUGCAAAGCUAGCCACCACAAGCGUGAAGGGAGCUCACUUCAUCGAAGAAGACGUGGGCCUCUUUGAUGCCGCCUUUUUUGGCUUUCCGGCCGAAGUUGCUUCGGCCAUGGAUCCUCAGUUUCGGCUCCAGCUCGAGUCGACUUACGAGGCGCUGGAGAACGCUGGCCUCACACUUGCUCAUGUCGCCGGCUCUAACACAUCAGUAUACGCCAGCGUCUUUACGCACGACUACCAUGAUGGGAUUCUACGGGAUGGGGACAACCUACCGCGGUCUACUCUACUUGGUACGUUUUCGGCCAUGGCAUCUAACCGAAUCUCGCACUUCUACGACCUUCGGGGUCCGAGCAUGUCAAUCGAUACAGGCUGUUCCGGUGCUCUUGUAUCACUGCACCAGGCCAUCCUCGGUCUGCGCGCUCGUGAAGCCGAUAUGUCAAUUGUUUGCGGAAGCAACCUGCUGCUAGCACCAGACUGUUUCAAGUUAUUCUCUUCACUUGGCAUGCUCUCGCCUGACGGCAAGUGUUACGCCUUUGAUUCGCGCGCAAAUGGCUAUGGCCGUGGCGAGGGAGUCGGUGCUGUUAUCAUCAAGAGGCUAAGCGAUGCCCUGGCGGCUGGCGAUCCGAUCCGAGCCGUUAUUCGCGAAUCGGCUCUGAACCAGGAUGGAAAGUCCGAAACCAUCACGUCGCCAUCAGAAGCGGCGCAAAUUGAACUCAUGCGGGAGACGUACCGCCGAGCCGGCCUUAAUCCCAACGACACUCAAUACUUUGAGGCCCACGGUACCGGCACACCAACGGGGGAUGGCAUUGAGGCGCGCUCUAUCGCAACUAUGUUUGGACGAGAAAAUACAGGACGGACCCGGCCGCUGUAUGUCGGCUCAGUCAAGACAUCUCUCGGCCAUACCGAGGCAGCAUCGGGCAUAGCGGCGCUGGUCAAGGUUGUCCUAGCCAUGGAAAGGGGCCAGAUCCCAGCCAACACUAAUUUUGAGAAACCAAACCCCAAGCUGAAGCUAGAUGAAUGGGGCCUGAAAGUCGUCACGGAGAUGGAGUCCUGGCCGGCCGCCGAGGGUGAGACGCGCCGUGCUUCCAUCAAUAACUUUGGCUACGGCGGAACAAAUAGCCACGUCAUCAUGGAGGACGCCAGGCCCUUCCUCUCUCAAAGCUCCACUAGAACAAGGAUAGAGAAGGAUUCGGUUUUGAAGAGAGAGGUGCUCAUUAUGUAUGGCCGCGACGAGCAAGCCUGUCAAGGCAUGGUUUCUGCCGUUAAAGGGUACCUACAGGGCCGCACUUCCUCGACUGCUGACCCGGAACGCCUCAUAAAAAAUCUAGCCUGGACUUUCGGCAUGCACCGGACGCGCUUUCCGUCGGGUUGGGUCUCGACACACACCGUGCAGUGGUCCGGCAAUGAAAAUGUGCUGGAGCAAGUCAUCCAUUGCCUGGACGAGCCUCAGUUCAAGCCAGUCCGCCUUCCAGGAGACAAGGUGCCGCGCAUAGGAAUGGUUUUCACUGGUCAAGGAGCCCAGUGGAAUGCCAUGGCGCGCGAACUGAUCGAUACAUACCCCUUAUUCCGGUCUACUAUUCAGGAGGCGGAGGAACACCUCGUCAAGUUCGGCGCCAGUUGGUCCCUGAUGGAGGAGCUGAUGCGGGAUACGGCCACGACUAGAGUCCACGACCCUGCGCUGAGCAUUCCCAUAUGCGUUGCCGUACAGGUGGCCCUGGUUUCCUUGCUCUCGUCAUGGGAUAUCAGACCCACGGCCGUCAGCAGCCACUCAUCAGGUGAAAUUGGGGCUGCAUAUACCGUCGGGGCCUUGGAUCUGCGUCAAGCGAUGGUGGUUGCGUAUUACCGAGCAGCCAUGGUGGGUGAAAUGUCGCAGAGAUCUCAGGGCCCCAAAGGUGGCAUGGGUGUUGUUGGAGUUGGGGAGAGCGCCGCCCGGGACUAUCUUGACCAGCUAACAAAGGCAAACGGCAAGGCAGUGGUUGCAUGUGUCAACAGCCCCAGUAGUAUCACAAUUGCGGGCGAUGAAACGGCCGUUCAAAAAGUCCUAGACCUGGCCACCCAGGAUGACGUAUUUGCACGCCGACUCAAAGUCGACACGGGCUACCAUUCCCACCACAUGAUCCCCGUUGCUGAAGGCUACCGACAGGCCCUCCGUGCUGCUCUUAGCUCUGGAGACGGUGUAGAGGACAAAGAGCUAGAUGUAAUUUUCUCGUCACCUGUCACUGGGAGCCGCAUUACGCGCACAAAACAGCUGGUCGAUCCGGAGCACUGGGUCAACAGUCUGACACAGCCAGUGGAAUUUGUCAAUGCAUUCACCGAUAUGGUGAUUGGCGACAUGAGCGAGCCGGCCAGCCACGGCCACAACGUGGACGUUGUUCUUGAAGUCGGACCUCACACUGCGCUAGGAGGUCCUAUCAAGGAGAUCCUUGCACUCCCCGAAUUCGAAGGCCUUAGCCUGCCCUACAUGGGCUGUCUCGUGCGCAACGAAAAUGCACAGGACUGCAUGCUCAAGAUGGCCCUCAAUCUCCUGCGUAGGGGCCAGCACAUUAGCCUCUCUCAACUCGGCAGUGAUACCUCACACGAGCCCCGUGUUUUGACCGAUCUGCCUCCUUACCCGUGGAACCAUAACGUUAGGAGCUGGGUGGAGUCACGCCACACCCAGUCCUAUCGCGCGAGAGAGGAGGAUUUCCACCACCUUCUCGGUUUCCCUGUGCCAGGCACGAAUCCUGAUGCAGCGUACUGGAGACAGCAAGUGCGAGUUUCCGACAGUCCGUGGCUGAGAGACCAUGUCGUGCAGGGAAGCAUUCUGUACCCCGGUGCGGGCUAUGUUUGCUUGGCGAUUGAGGCCAUGAAGCAGCUUGCAGAGAAGAGUGACAAGGGCGCAUCGCUGGCUGGUUUCAGCCUGCGCGAUAUCGAGAUCCACCAGGCCCUUGUAGUACCUGACAGUGCGGACGGUAUCGAGGUACAGACGGUGCUUCAGACUGUAAGUGACAAGGAGGUCGGCUCCCAAGGCUGGAAGAAGUGGGAGGUAUGGUCUGUAACAGCAGACAGCCGCUGGGCACAACAUGCUCGUGGACUCAUCCAAGCCGAUUUCAACGGUCUAGCGACAAAGACCGUCGGUAGCUUUCUGUCGGAGUUGGGAUACGUCCGACGUAUCGACCCUGAUGACAUGUGGGCCCAUUUUCGUGCUCUGGGCCUUUCUCACGGUCCCUUAUUCCAGAAUAUUUCAAGCAUCCUGCAUGAUGCCAGCAACAAGGAUACUAGACGUUGCGUGACAACCAUCGACGUGCCGACCGAGAAUUCCCCACUGGAGAAGCAUCUAAUCCAUCCAGCGACAUUGGACUCAAUCGUUGUUUCGGCCAUUGCAGCCCUCCCCAGUGCCGGUGCCUAUGAUCAGGGCCCUCGAGUACCACGGUUCAUCCAAAACUUAAGAGUUUCAUGUUCGAUGCCUUCCGCGGCCGGCCACCAAUUCAUUUGCAACACCACGCUACCACAAUUUGACGCACAGAAGCUCACGGCCGAUAUCACGCUCGUUAAUGGCCAUGAAGCUGUACUGGAGAUGGAGGGCCUCGUGUGCCAGUCUUUAGGGCUCAGCGCCACCGCCCAAGCUUCGAAACCAGAGACCAAGGAACUAUGCACCGAGAUCAAGUGGGCACCAGACCUGACCAGCACCCUCUCGCUGGGGUCGUAUGGUGCGUCACAGCUUCUGGAGAGGCUCGGCCCAGCAAAUGAAAUGCGGAAGUAUGAGAAAGAUGUGCUAAUGCGCCUGAGGCGUAUCUGCAUUUACUUCUAUCACGAUGCGGUGCAAAGUCUGACUGAGCAAGACGUGGCUAACCUCGCGCCGCACCUGGUCAGGUACCAUGAUUGGAUGAAGGAAGCCCUUGUACUUGCAGCCGCACAAAUUCUAGGCCCCAACAGCGAUACGUGGGCAAAAGACUCGCAGCAGAUGCGCGAGAGAAACAUCAUCCUUGCCUCUUCACAGAGCGUCGAGGGGGAGCUGGUAUGCCGGCUUGGUCCUAUGCUUGUGCCCAUUCUCCAAGGCAAGUUCGAUCCGCUCCAGCUCAUGACAGAGGAGCUGCUGAACAGAUACCAAACAAAUGCCUUACGGUUGAGCCCGGUUCUUUCCAAUCUCACCUCCCUGCUGUCCACCAUCGUUCACAAGAACCCUCGCGCCCGUGUGCUUCAGAUCGGCACAGAUUCGGGAGCGGUCCUACGCCACGCGCUGAAGGUACUUGGUAGCGACGAAGAAGGCGGCCCAUUCGUUGACAGUUGGCAUUUUAUCGACAAAGCAUCGUCGACUUCCUUUGAGGCCACCAAGAAAGAGCUUUCAGCGCAGAGCGAGUAUUUGGAGGUGAGCUUUAGCGAGCUAGAUAUUGAGCAGGACCCAUCCGACCAAGGUGCCAAGCUGGGAAAUUAUGACCUUGUGGUUGCCAUCGACACGUUGCACAAAACCAAGAAUCUCAGGAAUGCAAUUACAAACGUACGCAAGCUGCUGAAACCCGGUGGCUCACUCUUGUUUGGAGAGACGACACAGAGUCAGAUCGACCAGAAACUGGUCUUUGGACUCCUUCCCUCUUGGUGGACAUCCGAAGAUGCUGAACGUGGUUCGGGUCCUCAUCUGUCCGCUCCCAUGUGGCAGGACUUUCUCGUAGGUGGAGGCUUCACGGGCCUUGAGGCUGAGCUUCGCAGUUGGAGGUCAGAUGAGGACAUGCAUACGAUGAGCACCAUGCUUUCAUCGGUGCCUGCGACGUCCUUGGAGCUGCCCGAAAAGGAUGUCGUCAUCGUGGUAAGUAGCCAGGCGCCUCCACCGACGUCCUGGCUAGACGCUUUGCGCAAGUCCAUAGCGCAGGUGCCGGGCAGGGAAAUUUCUGUUUCAACAAUCGAAGCUACCACAGCAUCAACCUUCCUUGGGAAGGCUUGCAUAUUCUUAGGCGAGGUGGACCAGCCAUUGCUGCACAAUCUCGGCGACUCGGUCCUCCGAGGUAUCAAGGACAUGGUCACCAGUUGCUCGAACCUGGUUUGGGUCACACGUGGCGGUGCUAUUGAGUGCGACAGACCCGAAAUGGCUCUGGCCUCCGGUUUCUUGCGUGUCUUGCGAAACGAGUCUGUUGCUCACAGCCUCAUCUUGCUGGACUUAGACCCCAGCCAACCCACGUGGUCUGAGUCAGCUUCCUCGGCCAUUGUGCACAUGCUAAAACAUGGCUUGGCUUCCGAGGACGACGUCUCUUCCGCAGUACAAGAAAACGAAUUCGCCCUGCGUGAUGGUGUGCUCAUGAUCCCGCGCCUUGUUAAGGAUCCAAAGCGAAACAGACUGGUCUCACCGGAAGGACCUGAUUGGACGUCCCCUAGUUCUUUGCCGGAGGUACCUUUCCUUCAGGCAGAUCGGCCGUUGCGUCUGGAAGUUGGCAUUCCCGGCCAGCUGGAUACGCUGGCAUUCGACGUCGACCGCGAGGACGAGGACACCUCUGAUGCCAACCUAGUUGAAAUUGAGCCUCGAGCGUACGGGCUCAAUUCCCGGGAUGUCUCGGUAGCCAUGGGUCAACUGCGCGACCGCGGGAUGGGACUGGAAUGCGCCGGCAUUAUCACGCGGUUAGGUCUGGAGGCUGCCGACCAGGGAUUCGCAGUAGGUGAUAAGGUUAUGGCUCUACUGCCUGGCCACUUAGGCAGUCGUGCCCUUACGAGCUGGCAGCAUAUGGCGCAUAUGCCUGAUGAAAUGGGCUUUUCUGAAGCCGCAUCGCUUCCAUACAUAUUUAGCACCAGUUAUAUCGCCCUGAUGGAUAUAGCAAGAGUCCGCCCAGGCCAGUCGGUCUUGAUCCAUGCGGCGGCAGGUGAUGUUGGCCAAGCAGCAGUUAUCCUCGCUCAGGACUAUCUAGGUGCCGAGGUCUACGCUACCGUUGACUCCCCAGAGGAACGCGACUUGCUCACAGGUGAAUACGGCAUUGCGAAUGAGCGCAUCUUUUCCAGCAGGGAUGUAUCCUUUGCAAAGGGCAUUCUCGCCGCCACAAGUGGACGUGGUGUUGAUGUUGUACUCAAUUCGCUGUCUGGGGCUUUACUGCAGGCCAGCUUCGAUGUUGUGGCAUCUUUUGGCACCUUUGUCGAACUAGGUAAACACGAUGUGGAGAACAGCAGCCUUCUUAACAUGGCCAGCUUCUCCCGGGUAGCAACCUUCGCGUCGCUCGACUUGAUGGCAAUUCUUCGAGAGCGAGGGGAUGAGGUGCACCGUGUUCUUAACGAGGUGGUUCGCCUCACUGAGCAGUUUAUUGUUCGGCCUAUUCGCCCAGUCACGGUCUACCCUAUAGGAGAGGUCGCACAAGCGUUCCACCAUAUUCAAGCGGGCAAACCCGUAGGCAAGGUCGUGCUGUCGAUCGAGCCUGAUGAACAGGUCCGGCUAGUGCCACGUGCCCCGAUACCCAAGCUCCAACCAGACGCAUCAUACCUGCUCGUUGGUGGUUUGGGCGGUAUCGGCCAAUCUAUUGCACACUGGAUGGCUGCCCAUGGCGCGCGGAAUAUCAUCGUCCUUUCCCGCAGUGCCGGUCGUGCCGACAAGUCCGGGUCAUUUGUGGCUGGCCUGCGCGAGGUUGGUUGCCACGUCGUAGCUAUCUCCUGUGAUGUCGCCGACAAAAAUGACCUCGCGAGAGCUCUUAACAUCUGCACGCACGACGAGAAACUGCCGCCGAUCCGAGGAGUGGUGAAUAGUGCAAUGGCACUGCAAGAUUCACUUUUCGAACAGAUGACGCUAGAGAACUGGCAGGCCUCCCUUCGUCCCAAAGUGGCCGCGACGUGGAAUUUACACGACCGGUUUUCGGAUCCGGGCUCGCUUGAUUUCUAUAUAAUGCUCUCAUCCCUCUCGGGCAUCCUCGGCAUUGCCAGCCAGGCCAACUACGCAGCAGGUUGUUCGUUCCAAGAUGCGCUGGCACGCCGGCGACGAUCCAUGGGACUUCCAGCUGUGUCGCUCGAUUUAGCUAUUGUGAAGGAUGUCGGAUAUGCAUCCAUAUCCGAGGCCCGCGCUGUCUUGGACAGCUGGCGCCGAGCGGGCCACUCGAUCAUUCUGUCCGAAGCGGACGUUUUGCAAGCCUUUGCGGCGGCCGUUCUGUUUCCUCUCGACCAACCUCAAAUCAUUGUCGGUCUGAACACGGGCCCGGGGCCACAAUGGGACUCCGUCAUGGGCCACGAUGGACGAUUCCAGCCUCUGCGGUUUCGGCAGUCGACCGCCGCUCGAAGCCAGGCGCUUGAGACUGAGACGGACGGCGUGACAAAAUCACUGUCUGUGCAACUGAAAGGGGCCAGCUCGCCUGACGAGGCAACGCAGUUGGUGGGUGAAGCAAUUGCCAACAAGCUUGCGGAGGUCUUCAUGAUUCCAGCCAGCGACAUUGACUUGACUAAGUCGCCUGUCCAGUAUGGCGUCGACUCGCUGGUCGCAGUGGAGCUCAGGAACAUGCUUACGCUUCAAGCGGCCGCUGAAAUUUCCAUCUUCAAUGUUCUCCAGAGCGUGUCGUUGGCGGCACUGGCGGCGGAUGUUGUAGCCAAGUCAAAACAUGUGACUAAGGCGUUGUAA